CUCCUGAGGUGCUGCUUGGCCUGCUGUGUUCAUCCAGCCUCACACUUGGAUUCUCCAGUAUCUGCAGUUCCCAUUAUCUCUGAUAGGUGGACGAGAUAUAAAUUCGAGAGCUUGACUGUUCCGGGCGCAGAGGAGAGAGAGAGAGAAGGAAAGAGCGAAAUGCUUUUCGAGGCGCCUGAUGGGAACCACUUGCCAAUCGUUGCUGAAGCUCAGCGGACAGUGGGAGCCCUUCCUCUCACUUUUCCAGGAGGUAUGGAGGAGAUGAACACAGUCAAACCGAGCUGGAAAACUCGCAGUUGUAAUUUCAGGAGCAUCAAGCUCUUUGUUCUUUGCCAUGGAAUGUUGCAGUGUUCCCAGCUCCUGUACAGUGCCUACUUCAAAAGCAACAUCGUUACCAUUGAGAAACGAUUUGGGCUCUCCAGCUUUUCGUCUGGCUUCUUGUCCAGCCUGCAUGAGAUUGGGAACUCACUUCUGAUUGUUUUUGUCAGUUACUUUGGAAGUCGUGUUCACCGACCAAGAUUGAUUGGAAUGGGUGGACUUCUCCUUAGUUUCGGAGCUUUCUUGCUCACCAUUCCUCACUUCAUUUCUGAACGUUACGAGUAUUCCAAGGCAACAAAUGAAAAUGUAAACUAUUCCAACAUUGACAUCUGUCAUCCAGAGAACCAGACACAAAGCGUGGACAACUGUACUAAGUUCACAACACACUCAAGCAAUAUGAGCAUUGUAUGGGUAAUAAUUGUCAUUGCCCAGCUAAUAGUGGGCAUUGGGACUGUGCCUAUUCAGCCCUUUGGCAUUUCAUAUGUGGAUGAUUUUGCUAAACCUUCAAACUCUCCAAUAUAUAUUGCAAUCCUGUUUGCAAUAUCUGUCUUUGGACCUGCCUUCGGCUACUUACUAGGAUCGGUGAUGUUACAGUUAUUUGUGGAUCUGGACAAGAUGAGCCCAGCUACCAUUGAUUUGAAGCCCAGUGACCCUCGCUGGAUUGGUGCUUGGUGGCUGGGAUUGUUAAUAUCAAGCAGCAUUCUGGCCAUCACCUCUGUCCCUUAUUUCUUUUUCCCUCGAGAAAUGACUCCCCAAAAGAAGUCAGGCAGCGAGGCUGAUAUGCUCAGUGAGAUGGACGAACAAAAGGUGAAAGAAAUGUCACUUCAAGAAUUUGUCAAGAUGUUUCCCAAAAUGUUUGCCAAGUUGCUGUUGAAUCCAUUAUUUGUCAUUAUCGUGCUGGCUCAGUGCAGUUUCUCUUCCAUGAUUGCUGGUCUGUCGACAUACUUCAAUAAGUUCCUGGAACAGCAGUACUCCACAACAGCAUCCCAUGCAAAUUUCCUCAUAGGAUCUAUAAUGCUGCCGGCUAUUGCUAUAGGAAUGAUCCUUGGUGGGCUUUUUAUGAAGCGUUUCCAUCUCUCCCUGGCAAAGAUCCCCUGGUGCUCAGCCAGCGUUCUGAGUCUGGUCAUUAUUCUAACCAUUCCUUUGUUUUUCUUGGGAUGCUCAACUCAGAAAAUUGCUGGAAUCAAUUAUAGUAAAGAUGGAAACAGGUCCUCUUCAUUCAGUCUCCAGACUGACUGUAAUGCUCAUUGCUUCUGCUUUGAUUAUACCUACAACCCAGUGUGUGGAGUGGAUGCCGUAGAAUAUAUCUCACCGUGCCAUGCUGGUUGUACACAUUCUAUCUUCAAUCAAUCCACAGGAAUGAUUAUGACUCACUUGAAUUGUAGCUGCAUUCAGACACCCAACAACGAGGACUAUGCUCACCCUGGACACUGCAAUGUCAACUGCACCCACUUGCUUCUUUCAAUGGUUGUUAGCAUCGCUUUAAUUGGAUUGAUAGCUUCGCUCACCCACAAUCCUCUCUACAUGACAGUGCUCCGAGUGGUGAGACAAGAAGAAAAAUCAUUUGCAAUUGGGAUUCAGUUUCUGAUAAUGAGGCUAUUUGCAUGGUUACCAGCUCCUGCUCUGUUUGGUGCUGUCAUAGAUUCAACUUGCAUUGGGUGGAAUAAGACAUGCACUGGAAAGAGUGCAGCAUGUGCUUACUAUGAUAACGCUUUAUUGAGGAAUAGGUAUUUGGGUCUACAACUCGGUUAUAAUACCCUUGGAACAUUGCUCUUACUGAUUGCUGGUUGGAAAGCAAAGAAAUUCGGUGCACGUAAAAUUGCUGUACAGAACACAAGGUCCUCCAGUGGAUUUAAUGGGAACUGACAUGAUUGACCAACCUACAAAUUAUUUUGUUUCUGUACCUGAAUCAUUUACGUAACAGAACUUUGAUUUUCUACUGUUGAUUUUUUCAGAGUUACAAUCAUUACACAUAUUUGACAGGUAGAAAAAUUUGAGCAAUGUGAAGAGCCCUUAAUAACAACAACUUGCAUUUAUUCAGCACCUUUAAUGCAGUUAAACAAUAGACAAUAGGUGCAGGAAUAGGCCAUUCGACCCUUCAUGCCAGCACCACCAACAUCCCAAGACAGGGACGAUACAAAGUAAAAUUAACAUCAAACCACAGAAGGAAAUAUUCAAUCAAAGCCUUUGCUCAAAGAACAUGACUGAGCAUCUUAAAGGAGAGACAGAGAGACAAGAAAGAGACAGAUGAGAGACAGACAGAGAAAGAGAGACAGAUGGACAAACAGUGCCAGAGACAGAUGAGAGAGACAGAUGGGAGAAAGACAGGGAGAUGAGAGUGAGAGAUACAAGUGAGACAGAUAAGAGUGAGAGACCGACAGAGAGAUGGGAAAGAGACAGACAGACAGAUGAGAGAGAGACAGAUGACAGUGAGAGACAGACAGACAAGAGAAAUGGACAGGCGACCAAGAGAAACACAAAGAAAAACCAGUUAGAGAGACAUAGUAAAACACACACAAACACACAGAGUUGAAGAGAUGGAGAGGCUUGGGGAGCAAGUUCUAGUGUUCAUCGUGUCUGUUGAAAACACAACUGCUGAUUCUGGGGAGAUAAAUGGUCAAGCAGGAGGCAGCAGGCAGAAACUGUUAAUUUUUGAAAAUAUUACAAUGCUGCAGGAGUUUAUAUGAAUAAUGAGGACCGAGGCCGUGGUUUGAAACAAGAACAGAAACUUUGCUGGAGCAGAAGUUUAAGUCAUUGUUAUGAUGCAGGGAUAGCAAGCCAAACAAAAUCAACCUCAGCGUCAGAGAUAAUGGGAACUGCAGAUGCUGGAGAAUUCCAAGAUAACAAAAUGUGAGGCUGGAUGAACACAGCUGGCCAAGCAGCAUCUCAGGAGCACAAAAGCUGACGUUUCGGGCCUAGACCCUUCAUCAGAGAGGGGGAUGGGGAGAGGGAACUGGAAUAAAUAGGGAGAGAGGGGGAGGCGGACCGAAGAUGGAGAGUGAAGAAGAUAGGUGGAGAGAGUAUAGUUGGGGAGGUAGGGAGGGGAUAGGUCAGUCCAGGGAAGACGGACAGGUCAAGGAGGUGGGAUGAGGUUAGUAGG